UGAGAGGUCCAUACCCUAGCCUUAGAACUGUGCGGGGGACACCGUUCCUAUGCGGGGUCGUCGUCCGAGCCUCCAUGUUUGGCUCUGUGUACUUUGACGGGAUCCCGCGAGCUAUGCUCAGGCCGUAGUGCUCCAGGCACCCCUAAUGCUUUCCGCCGCUCCCUGAGCACUGAUCCCGCCACACAGCCAGGUCCUCCGCGCUUCCUGCGGAACUCUGUGUGGUAGACGUGUUUCCUGAGGAGCGAGUUCACAGUGGUACUCAGAUCUUACACAAGUUCCGACAACAGCUGCGGCGCAUGGCGGCUCUAGGAGAGGCUUCUCGAGAGACACUGACAGCCUCAGGCCCGAGCACCCAACGCGUUCCCCGCAGACUGCAGCUCCCCGGGUCGGUCUCCGGCGUCUUGAAUCCCUCUGCCUGUAUCAGCUCAGUGCAACCUACAUGCUUAGACGCCGCUACCACAGCACACCCGGUAGGCGAUGAAGGCAGCAUAGCCUCGAGGAAGAAAAAGAAAAAGAAAAAGAAAAUCCCCAACAAGGCUUCUUUGGCAAAUGGAGACGAAAAGACCUUCGAGAAGCCUGCCCCAGAGGAAGCCCUCCACUGUUCCGAGGCCCAGGCAGAGCAGCUGGCGCGGGAGCUGACUUGGUGCGUGGAGCAGCUGGAACUGGGCCUCAAGAUGCAGAAACCGACCCCGAAACAGAAAGAGCAGGCUGUUGGGGCAAUCCGAACCCUGCGCAGUGAAAGAACACCCUUGCCCCGGAAGAGGCAGUUGAUGCGCUCCUUGUUUGGGGACUACAGGGCUCAGAUGGAGGCCGAGUGGCAGGGGGCCCUGCGGGCUCUAAGGGCUGCUACCCAUUCAGCCCAGGUAAAGCCUGUAGGUGAGGCCACCAGAAAGAAGAGUGGAAGAGUCUGCCAUCUUCGUCCAAAAGGAAGAGCCAAGGCCACUCCGGACGUUACUAAGGAAGAGUUUAGGUUCAAUUUCUUGUAGACUUUCUCACAUUCUGGAGUAGCCCUCCUCCAGGGUGAUGUGGGGAUUUGUCUAUGUGAAGGUUCUUUCUAAGGAAUUCUCUCAGCAGAAGUGAGGUUGGUUUGUCCCUGGCUGGUCUCUAUAUAUGAAGCUGCUGGGCAGUUGUGAGAAUGUCAGAUGGAACUUUAUUUUUUUUGAGGAAAUGUUCUGUCAGAAGAGAGAUGCAUUUAGAAAUUCUUGUAAGCCUCAUGAGUGUUGAGUGGGAUGUAGAAAGAAAUUUGUUCUCUAGUCUCCAGGAUUUGAUUAAGUAGCUAUUGGUGAUUGUUGUAUAGCAAUUUCCUCUGAGAUAAAACAUUCCUUGGAGGGAAGCUCAUUAAAUUUAGCAAGUAAACAAUUCAAAAGCUUUGGCUCUUACCCUGCACAUGUUGUAGAAACAUAAAAAUGGUAAAUAUGGGCCUGCAGUGGAGAAUGGUGUUACUGUUAUUGAAGGCAUUUUCAAAAGUGUCAAGGAGCACUGAUGACUGCUAAAGCCCAUGGCCCUCAGCGCAGAAGCCUGUUCCGCCAGAGCCAAGCUGGCAGUGUUCUGAUUGUGUAUGUCUGUGCUCCAGGUACAUCUGGGCCCAGGCAGCAGAGUCACCCUCUAUAUGCUUGGUUUUGUCGUCUUGUGAGUGUGCUUAAUAAGUAAAAAAUAAAGACAAAUGUCUCUAUCAAAAAAAAAAAAAAAAAAAAAAAAGCUUU